AUGGUUUCCACGGUUUCCACGAUUCUACCGUACUCCCACGCGACGCUGGCGGUCGACGCGCUUAACGCGCUGUUUACUCAAACCGCGGUUAUUCCGCAGUUAUCGCCCGAUGUGAUUCCCGCGAUUAUCCGCCUGCUGGUGGACCGGUGCGCGCUCCCCGCGGUUUAUUUCGAGACGGGGACGCUGUCCCGCGGGGACUUCGACGAGGAGUUUCACCGGUUUCGGCAGACGAGCCAGGAUUUGAUUCUCGCGAUUGCGUCCUCCCCCGCGGGAAUCGCACCGGUGGCGGAGCAGCUGUUGAGCGUGAUAACCGCGGGGGAUGCGUCGUACCCGCGGGAAGAGAGCGUGUUUUACCUGUUUUGUGGAAUCGUGGAUGCGAUCGAGGAGGAGUUUCUCCCGCUGUUUGCGCGCACCGACUCUCUGUUCGAUGAAACGCCCGACGCAAAGCAGGAACUGAUCUCUGAAACGCCCCUGGAAACGCCCUACGACUCGUUUUUGUACUUCGUGGGAUCCCACCUUUUCGCCCUCGCGGCCAACGUCCCGCUUUUAGUCGCGGGACUGCAGAUUUUUUACGCCUUCGACCAGUGGACGUUUUCUCGCCCCGAUUUUUGCCAAAAACUGCUCGCCGUCAUUUUGGAGGCAUUCCCGCGGGCACCCGAAUCCAUGGCUUCCCGCCUCCUCAUGUACAUCAUGCGAUUACUGGACGCACCGGCGUUUCAUUUCGGAUUGGACCGAAUCCAUCAGCUCAUGGAGCUUUUCCCCGCGGUUCUCGCAUUCCACAGCGAAGAAUUGCGCGGGUUUUUUCUUCGCGCGGCCUCUGCCGCCAUUUCUUCGCUUCCCCUCGCCGACGCGCUUCCCCAGUUUACCGCGGUUCUGAACUCGCUGCUGGCGCCGCUGCCCGCCCUCGUUUCCCUCCUUUCCAGCGAAACGCCCGCGUCGAACGAGCACGUGACCGCGACAUUUACCGCGGGAAUCGAGGCCAUCCGAAACGCCCGGAGCGUUUUGGCGGGCUGCACGCAGAGCGAAGCAGCGCGGUCUUUGGCGGACUCGCUGAUCCCCGCGGGGAAAACGAUCCUGGAGGGAAUGCUGCAGUGGGAGGGAAACGGGAAUUCUUCGUCGAAUUCUUUGAAUGUUCCAUCGAAUUCUUCAUUCAUUCCAUCGAAUUCUUUGAAUUCUUCACUGAAUUCUUCAUCGAAUUCUUCGAAUUCCUCAUCGAAUGUUCCAUCGAACGCCUCAUUCAUUCCAUCGAAUUCGCUGGGAACUUCCGCGAAUUCUCCCGCCGCCUCGCAGGAACCGAAUCUCCUGGUGAUUCGGGAAACCGCGGGACUGCUGGAGGGAAUCGUGCAGGCCGCCGAGGGCGCGCUGGGCGCCGUGAAUACCGCGGUUAUUUGCGAAUUGUGUGGGAAACUGAUCAGCGCGUCGGUGUGUAUGGAGGAAGCGCUGCAUGUCGUGGAGACGGUGCUGAGCACGUGCUACGAGCUGGUGGGAGCCAAUGAGAAAGAGCGUCUGUUAACCGCGGUGAAUUCGCUGCUGUCGUGGACGCUGCAGACGCAUCGCAUCGGGAACGAAUUGGAGAGCGUGAAACUGGCGCUACGCAUUCAGUACACGCUGCUCAAAGGCGAGAAGGACCGCAUUCGAUCGAAUUCGACGGACGUGCUCGAGAUGACGCAGCUCGUUUUGGCGGUCAGCCAGCAGCGAAUCAACGAGGACGAGCUCAUCCGCCUUCUCCUCCGCUCCAUCUUCUUCCUUCUCCAGGUUUCCACGUUUCUACUUUCUGAGAAUAGACGUUCCCCGCGGUUUCGGCCCUCUAUCCGCAGAUCCUCCUCGAUGGCUUCGAGAUGGCGGCAAUGAGUGUGUCGUCACGCACCAAGGUGAAUGUCGUCGCGCAGCUUGUGCAGCUGCUGAUUCCCGCGGAAAUCUCCCUCCAAAAUCUGCUGCCGCAGGCGUUACAGCAAGUUUUCUUCGCGUCGAAUGCGGAUUUGAUGCGCAGGCUGAGUGAGGAGUUCCGCGGGAAAUGUGUGCGUUUGUUAACCGCGGGACUGAAGACGACGGCGAUGAAGUCGGUUGUGGUGGAUUUGGUGGAUGUAAUGGGCGGACGCAUGCAGGAAGGGAUGUUUGAACGGAAGUAUUGUCAGGUUUAGAAU